AUGUUCACAAGAUUCUGACCAGUAUCAAAGGUAUACCUUCAGACUACAUCCAGUGGCGGAACAAGAUGAGGCUUACAAUGACAAACCCAGUGCUGGCUGUCUUCUGUGCCUUUCUACAAGGUGUUUCCGUAAGCAAGGCGGAGAACAUUAUGCUGGAAAAGCCCAGUAAACUCAACAGUGUUUACUGGAAUGCUGAAUUCGCCAAUGAUGGUAACAACAAUCCCGGAUCCAUACCAGCUAGAACCUGGUCCGUUGUGAAUCCCUACUGGCAGGGGGAUCUACAGGGAUACUUCACUGUCCACAAAAUCUCAGUUACGAGUGACGUCACCUUUAGUUUUGGAAACAAACUUGGGAGUGCAUACGUGGAGGUGCACGCCAGUGGCAACAGUGGCUGCCCGGACGACAUCUUCAUCUGCGGCCAGUGUCCAAAAGUAGUUGGUAAAGGAGAAACCUUCACGUUCACUUGUUCCCACCCACAACCAGUCAGAUUCGUGAAGGUCUGGAGAAACCUCACUGGUGUUUUAGUCAUUUCGGAAGUUGAGGUUGAAGGCACGCCCCUGAAGAGAAGUGUGACCAAGUAUAGUAAGGGGAUCAACACGAAAGUAUCAUCACCAAUGACGUCACUCGCAGUUACUUCCGCCGCUGAUUGCAGUUCCCGGUGUUACGCAAACAAGUCUUGUCUGAGUUUCAGUUACCACCCAACAGCUGCCACCAACUGUCUCCUAGCAACAAACCAAGAAGAUGCAGCAGAAGCUGUAGGAUGGUCCAAGUACACCAUCGACGUAUGUUCAAGUUACGACAGCUGUGAAUGACCCAAUGUUACUAGAGCCACUAUUAAUGCAGAAUCACAUUCAAAAGUGAUCAGAAAUAUUUUAUAUUGGCCAUUAUACUUUCUCGGUAAAGUACAGAUACUUUUGUGAUUGAUCACUGACCGUGUUAUCGCAAAUACAACAUGUGUUUCAGAACCAUUAUUGGUUCACAAGACCUUCUAUACUGCAGAGAUUAUUUCUCUAUAUAUGCAAAAUCUUUUCGGAGAACAUGGUGGCGUAUCUUUCCAAUAGAAUUGUCUCAUUACUGGAUACACUACGUUAAGGGAUUUUAGUAUAAUUACACUCGCUACUAUAACAAAGUUUGGUAGUCUUGCAGUAUGUCCUUACAUUGUUUUAUUCCUCGAGACAAGAGAGAUCCAAAAUUAGAGCAAGGAGGAUAUCUUGUGAUAUGUGUUGUACUACUUUAAGACAGUGAUCUGGAAAGUACUACAGUUUAUUAGAGCCUUUCCAGGCUAAUCUAACCCAGGAUAUUUUUAAAAGUUCCAAAACAGUUUCACUAUACAUGAGAGGAUUCACAACCUGGGCCUAUUUGUUUAGCUUAACCACUAUAGCAGCAAGGUGAAACUAAUCAUCCCUUUAUUGUUAUCAUUGCAAUAUUUUGCCAUCGUAUACUACCAUUGAGCCAUUUACUUUUAUAUGGCUGUCAUAGGAAUUCCUUUAUAGUGAUUAUCAUUUUGAAUACAGAUGUUAAUUAUACCACAUUUAUUUGCUGUUUGUUGGUUUCACAUGGGAGUGAUUUCUGAUUAGCAUACUGUUUCAACGUGGGA